ACCAUGCCGGACAAGAAGUUCUUCGAGAACCUGUCGGGGGCCGGGAAGGCCAUCGGGGUCUUGACCAGCGGCGGCGAUGCGCAAGGUAUGAAUGCAGCAGUCCGUGCCGUAGUGCGUAUGGGAAUCUAUGUUGAAGCCAAAGUGUAUUUUAUCUAUGAGGGAUACCAAGGCAUGGUGGACGGAGGUGACAACAUUGCUGAAGUUUCAUGGGAAAGUGUUUCAAGCAUCCUCCAAGUGGGAGGAACGGUGAUUGGCAGUGCACGCUGCAAUGAUUUUCGGACCCGGGAAGGCCGUCUGAAGGCAGCCUGCAACCUGGUGAAGCGUGGGAUUACGAACCUCUGUGUGAUUGGUGGGGACGGCAGCUUAACAGGUGCUAACCUCUUUCGCGAAGAAUGGAGUGGCCUGUUAGAUGAGCUGGCCAAAAAAGGGGAGAUUAAUGACGAAGCUGUUAAGAAGUACGCUUACCUCAACAUUGUGGGAAUGGUCGGCUCCAUUGAUAAUGACUUCUGUGGCACAGAUAUGACCAUCGGCACUGACUCGGCCUUGCACAGAAUCAUCGAAGUUGUGGAUGCCAUCAUGACCACUGCUCAAAGCCAUCAGAGGACUUUCGUCCUGGAAGUGAUGGGAAGACACUGUGGGUACCUAGCUCUUGUUAGUGCCUUAGCCUGUGGUGCAGAUUGGGUUUUUAUUCCUGAAUAUCCACCUGAGCAAGGUUGGGAAGAACGGAUGUGCACAAAGCUUUCUGCGAACCGUGCACAAAAGAAAAGGUUGAAUAUUAUAAUUGUAGCAGAAGGUGCCAUUGAUUGCCAUAACAAAGCUAUCACAUCAGAGCAAAUUAAAGAUCUUGUGGUGCAGCAGUUGGGAUACGAUACCCGCGUCACUAUCCUUGGCCAUGUUCAAAGAGGAGGCACUCCCUCUGCUUUUGAUAGGAUUUUGGCAAGUCGCAUGGGUGUGGAGGCUGUCCUUGCCCUUCUAGAGGCCACUUCUAAAACGCCUGCCUGUGUUGUGUCCCUAUCUGGAAACCAAGCUGUCCGCCUGCCUUUAAUGGAAUGUGUGCAGAUGACCCAAGAAGUGCAGAAAGCCAUGGAUGGAAGAAAAUUCCUUGAAGCUGUGCAGCUGCGUGGGAAGAGUUUUGAGAAUAACUUGAAUACUUACAAGCUGUUGUCUAACAAGAAACCAGCUGAAGAGCUGCCUAAGAGUAACUUCAAUGUAGCUGUUUUAAACGUCGGCGCUCCGGCAGCGGGGAUGAAUGCUGCUGUUCGCGCUGCUGUAAGAAUUGGUAUAACUGAAGGACAUAAAAUGUUUGCUGUCGCGGAUGGAUUUGAAGGCUUUUCCAAAGGGCAGAUCAAAGAAUUUAGCUGGGGCGACGUUGGGGGCUGGACUGGCCAAGGAGGCUCAAUUCUUGGCACCAAACGCACGCUCCCUGGAAAGUAUUUGAACAACAUUGCAGAACAGAUGCGUGCUAAUAACAUCAACGCCCUCCUAAUUAUUGGUGGAUUUGAGGGCUACCUGGGACUUUUGGAACUCUCUGCUGCCCGGGAGAUUUAUGAAGCGUUCUGUAUCCCCAUGGUUAUGGUUCCUGCAACUGUAUCCAACAAUGUACCGGGUUCUGAUCUCAGCAUUGGUGCAGACACUGCUCUGAACACUAUUACUGAUACCUGUGACCGAAUCAAACUGUCAGCAAGCGGGACCAAGCGUCGAGUGUUCAUCAUCGAGACCAUGGGUGGCUACUGUGGGUACCUGGCGAGUAUGGGGGCCCUGGCUGCAGGAGCUGAUGUUGCGUACAUCUUUGAAGAGAAGUUUGAUAUCCGGGAGCUCCAGGCCAACGUAGAACAUCUGACUGAGAAGAUGAAAACCACUAUUCAGCGUGGGUUGGUGCUGAGGAAUGAAAACAGCAGCGAGAAUUACACCACUGAUUUCAUUUACCAGCUGUAUUCUGAGGAAGGGCAAGGAGUCUUUGACUGCCGAAAGAAUGUCCUGGGUCACAUGCAGCAGGGUGGCGCCCCUUCUCCGUUUGAUCGAAACUUUGGGACCAAAAUUGCCGCCAAGGCCGUGCUGUGGCUCUCGAAGAAGCUGAAAGAAUCCUAUCAAAAAGGAAAAGUAUUUACCAACGCCGAGGACACUGUCUGCCUCCUGGGCAUGCGACGGCGGAAUCUUGUUUUCCAGCCUGUGGGCCAGCUGAGGGAUGAAACGGACUUCGAGCACCGAAUCCCUAAGGAACAGUGGUGGUUGAAGCUCCGUCCCUUGAUGAAAAUCCUGGCCAAGUACAAGACCAGCUACGACAUUUCAGAUUCAGGCCAGUUCGAGCACCUGCACAGACCAAAACCUACAGAAGCCUGAGCGGGUGACCAAGGAGUUGCAACGCCAAAGUUGCAAUUGCUCUCCGUUGUGUGUCCACAAUGCUUUAGAGUACUCGUUACAGCUUCUUUUUGUAACAUCUAAGUUAUUGUACCAGCACUUUAUGUGGGAAAAACAAAACGUUAGUGUCACAGAAGUUUUCUACCAGGCCUUGUCUUAGGCUUCUAUACGUACACCAAACCUAGCGCCUAAUGACCCAAUUACCAAUGUGACCCUUACCAGUAACCUGUGCAAAACUGGUCUAUGCACUCAAAUUUGAUGUUAUUAUCUCUUGCACUUUUACCAGAGAUAGUGUUUACACUCAAUGAAUAUUAGAGCGGCUUAGUUUUAUGUCAAAUUAAAUGAAAAAAAAAUGUAUGUCUACCCCAAGUGGAAUAAAAUACUGUAUUACAAA